GAGAUUACACCAAACAAGGUAACCGUAGACAGCAAGGAAACAGCAGCGGGUUGAAGGCAAAACGGAAACAACAGAGAUUGUCAGGAGUCGUUUGUUGUGGACGAGCUGAUAUUCUGCGUUGUUACACGCCGUUAAUACUUACAGCUGUUUUGUUUCGUGUGUGUGUGUUUCGCUAUGCCUUCUUUUGGAGCACUGGGACAUACUCUGUCCGCUUCGUUGAUUUUUGCCGUCGCCUUCCUCUGUGUUAGCUUUGUUAGCCAGGGAGAAUGCCGAGCAACUCCAGUGCCACCAACUCCCUGCUCUUCCUAUAAAAACUGUGACACCUGCGUCCCACACGCCAAGUGUCUCUGGUGCUUUGCCACAAACAACUGCACAGAGUAUCCAGUGACCUGGUUGCUGCCUCCGGCUAAACUAUGCCCACUGUCUCAGGCCCGCUGGGGAGUGUGCUGGUUGAACUUUGAAGCCCUGAUCAUCACCAUGGCUGUGGUGGGUGGAAUCAUUCUCCUCGCCAUUGCCGUCUGUUGCUGCUGCUGUUGCUGCAAGAAGCGCCCAUCAAGGUUUGACAGAGAAGAGGAGAGAUCUGCCAAGAGGAGAGAGGAGAUAAGACAGCGCGCUGAAGAACGGAAGGUGGAGAGAAUGGCACGCCACGAUGAGAUCAGGAGGAAGUAUGGUCUGAUGGGCGACACGGACCACCCGUACAGCAAGUUUGAGAACGAGUAAAGCAGCUGCGCUGGAGGACGUCCACGGGCCGCGGCUCUCACGGCUUUGCUUUUAGCUUGGAGUGAUUUUCUCCCACACAGCGCUGCAGAGCAGCAGCUGUCCGGUGAUCUCGUUCAGACGUUAAACCUGAUAGAAAAUAUUCUGAAUUAGUUUAGCUUUGUGAUUCUUUAUGAAGGCAGUCCUGUGUGUUUAGUUGUUAAAUCUUGUUUUUAAACUUUCUGCAAACUUCUUUUUUCUCUCUUUUUAAAUGUUGUACUCUCACAUCAAUCUUUGCACUUUGUACAUACGUUGAUUAAACAGUGAUGAUUGUA